AUGUCGCCCAUAGCAGUAUCUGAAGAGAAGGAAGGCAGGUCGAUGCAAGCCGACUACUUCUCAAAAGAUCAAGAUGAUGGGGCCAUCACAAGUGAUGUUUCACGAGAGGCCCAUGAGCUUCACAUCUCGAUGCAGAAGCUCCUGUGGAAACUGGAUACCAGAAUCUUACCACUCUUCGUCCUCCUCGUCCUAUGCUCGUUCUUGGACCGUACCAAUGUCGGCAACGCAAAGUUGUAUCACCUAGAAAAUGACCUUGGUAUGACCAAUGCCCAAUUCAACCAGGGGUUGACGGCUUUCUACCCUCUCUAUAUUGCAGGGUAA